AUGAGACGUCUUCGUGUCCUCCGACGCCUUCUUGUCAAGUACCGAGCUGCUGGCAAGAUCGACAAGCACCUGUACCACGAGCUCUACCAUCUGAGCAAGGGUAACACCUUCAAGCACAAGCGUGCUUUGGUUGAGCAUAUUCACCGCGCCAAGGCCGAGAAGCAGCGUGAGAGGAUCCUCAAGGAGGAAAUGGAUGCCAAACGUGCAAAGACCAAGGCAGCUCGUGAGAGGAGACAGGAGCGUAUCCAGACCAAGAGACAGGCUCUGGCUGGUGACGAAGAGCCAAAGCAGGAGUAG